CACGGCAGACAGGCAGCGAGGCUGUACGGUGGUGACAGGGUGCGGGCCAUUACUACUGCUGUUAAAAAUAAAAUAAAACACUCGUGUCUUCUCUUUUUUCUUCUUUUCGCAUACUACAUAUCAUGUCCAACCUGAGUCCUGCGAUUCAACCUUACGUCUCUCUGCCUCUUUCUGCACCCACCUCAGACGUCAUCGCUGCUUUCAGAGCCAUCGAUCCUCACGACAUCCCCGCAUCAAAGGCACUCGCCCAGCUCAUUCUCGAUGACCUCAAAGCUGCUCUGAUCGACGGCACCGUAUCUCGGCUAUCCAAGCAAGGUGCUGUAGAUGUGGCUCUUCCCAAACUCAAGGAUUUGGGCAAAGUGCCCCAAGUUGCCGGCGUACUUGCGUCCCCUGCAAAUCUUCGUCAUCUGCUCGGCAUCUCUAGCACCCCCCACGUAGAGGGUUUGAAGGAGAACAACGCUUUGCGCUGCAUCGCAAAUACCUGUCUUCUCAUCGAGCCUGCCAGAACCACCUUCAUCGGCUCGGACGUAAACGGAGGAAAUGUCGCUCUCGACUUACUGCAGAAAUCCUCGUCCCUCGAGACGAUCUACCUCACAUCGAGAAUUCUCUUCCUUUGUACCGCUUCAUCCCUGUCCGCUGCGUCGUUCAUCCAGUGGAUGGUGGAAAACAAACGCACUAACUCGUCCUGUUCGGAAACGGCUAUUGAUGUCCUAACUACCAAGAUGGACAACCUCUUGCACAAUUUGGUAGCAGGAAAAUCCGUCAGCGGAACCUCACCCGAGGACGCUAUGACUGAUCUACUUAAACUUAUAUUUAAUCUUUGCGUUCAUUACCCCAAGCUCGUGGAUGCCGAGAUUCAAUCACCCGAGGUUGCAGCGUCAGGGCAGGACCAUAGGACCAUGGCCGAUUACUGGAGUCCUCGGUUGGAUGGCCUAAUUCCUCCCCUUCUGCGUGCUUUUCACCGUUUACCUGCUCAAUCACCUCAUCCACUGGUGCCCCCGAUGCUACAUAUUAUUCACGCUUUAAUCAUCAUACCCGUCAAUGCCUCCAAUCGGACUCUGUGGUUCGGUUCACAACCUCCUACUCCACCAGCGCGAGUGACACCGACAGACUCAGCGACAUCAUCUUUGUCCGGUUCCCCCUGUCCAGAUACCAAUACCAAUCUUCCUGCCGCCAAGGAAAAGGAAAAGGAACCAAAGACCAGGGCAAUCGAUCGCGCAAUCUCUGCCUUCGCCGCUGGGAGACGAUCAUUUUCGUGGUCUUCUUCUUCUCGAUCCACAACGCCAGUGGCCGUGCCGGAUACAGCAAUGCGCGCAUGCGAACUGCUCGAUAGCGCUCUAGCAGCGUUCUUCCAAGGCGACCACGACCCCGACGAAGCCGUCGUGCGGAAUCGGUUCCAAGGUCAUUGGUCCUUGAACGAGUCCUCCAUGGGCGAUCUCAUCACCCCGCUCGUUCUCUUGAUCACUCGGUUCUGUCUUGGAGACGAAGAUGCCAAGUUGAGAAUAAGGAACUGGUUCGUACCUGAGGGCCUUGACCGCACUACACCGCUGGAAGGACGGGACGACGUCUUGGGACGGUGUCUCCGUGUUCUUCAGAGCGUAUACCAUGAUCGCUUGGGGAAAUGCGUAGGAGAAAUGUUCUUUGCGAUGUAUGAUUCUAAUCCGACGAACCUCACGACACUCGGUUACGGCAACUUCGCCGGGUUUUUGUUCAACAAGGGCAUCGCAACCGGCCCACCCCCAACCGAUUCGACUCCCCAGAUGACAACUUCGGACGGUUUGCCUAUCGACCCCAUAACCGGUCAGGUCGUCAAGGAACGCGAGCCCAACGAUAUGACGGAGGAAGAGAAGGAGAGGGAGGCUGAGAAGCUGUUCGUGUUGUUCGAUAGACUUGAGAGGUCUGGGGCGUUACCGCCUAGUCAGAAUCCUAUCCGGAAGGCUAUGCAGAAGGGGAGUGGUGGGUCGUGAAUUCUUGUUUUUUGAUUUUAAAUUUGUUCUUUUACAGUAACUGUACUACAUAUCAAUACAUUACAUCUACCUACCCACCUACAUAAGUACGCACCUUAUUUAUGCUGAUGCCCCCCUUGUGUAGCAGUCUCUUUUUUUGUUUUUGAUUUGUGUUUAUGGCGGGCCGGGCUACUGGUUACAACUAUGUGUCGCUGUCACAAGUCUCCUGUGAAUCCCCCCAAAUGUGUUCCUUAGCUCAUUGGUUAAUCUACUUAAUACCAGAUGGUCUAGAUAACGAAAGAGGUACGCCUGAUGACAUGCACCGCAGGCAACAAGGAGGAUUUCUUUCUCUUGGGACUGGACCUGGUGGCGGCGUUGCCCUUGCCGCUUUAGAGUUAGGUAAUAGCUAGCAUGUUACUAUGGGG